CGGACACUGACAGGGACACGGACAGCGGUGUGCCCUGGGAAAGUGGCACCGCACGCCCGGCGGGUGGCACCGGGGCCACCCAGCCGAUCCGUGGGGGAAGAUGACAGUCCCAGUGCCCAACAGCACAGCAAUGUCGUGGGCACAGCCGGAGCUGGAGCCGGAGCCAGAGCUGGAGCGGUCACCCUGCCUGGUCGGCAUCGUCCCCAUCGUGUAUUACAGCGUCCUGCUGGGGCUGGGGCUGCCAGUGAACAUCCUGACCGCCGUGGCCCUGUCCCGCCUGGCCACCAGGACCAAGAAGUCAUCGUACUGGUACCUGCUGGCCCUGACCACCUCCGACAUCCUCACCCAGGUCUUCAUCAUCUUUGUGGGCUUCAUCCUGCAGACGGCCAUCCUGGCGCGGGCGGUGCCCAGCGCAUUCAUCCACACCGUCAACGUGCUGGAGUUCACGGCCAACCACGCCUCCACCUGGGUCACCGUCCUGCUGACCGUGGACCGCUACGUGGCCCUGUGCCACCCGCUGCGCUACCGCACCGUGUCCUACCCGCGGCGCACCCGCAAGAUCAUCGCGGCCGUCUUCGCCGCAGCGCUGGCCACCGGCAUCCCCUUCUACUGGUGGCUGGACAUGUGGCGUGACGCCGACCCCCCCACGGCGCUGGACACGGUGCUCAAGUGGCUGCACUGCGUCACCAUCUACUUCCUGCCCUGCAGCAUCUUCCUGGCCACCAACUCCAUCAUCAUCCGCAAGCUGAAGCAGCGGAGGCGCGCGGGGGGCGGCAAGACCACGGCCCUGCUGCUGGCUGUCACCACUGUCUUCAUCGUGCUCUGGGCUCCCCGGACCGUCGUCAUGAUGUGCCACCUCUACGUGGCCUCGGUCAGGAGGGACUGGCGUGUGCACCUGGCCUUGGACAUCGCCAACAUGGUGGCCAUGCUCAACACCUCCCUCAACUUCUUCCUCUACUGCUUCGUCAGCCAGACCUUCCGCCGCACGGUGGGCGAGGUGCUGCGGGGGCACCCCCGGCACGGCCCCUGCCGUGGCAGUGGCCACUUCCCACCCCCGGCCCUGAAACCACUGAAGCUGCUGGGCAGCACCGCGCUCUGAGCUAGGGCAGUGCCCGGCUGGCAGUCCCGGUACCCACCCAGCCCCACGCAUCGCACCGGGGCCUGGGGAGACCUUAACGUGGGGACAGGCCCCCUCCACGGAGGCAGAGUUAAUGCUGGUGGUGGUGGCAGGAGGAGGUGGUUGUGCCCGGACACUCAUUUGGGGAUUUCGUGGUGCCUGCCUGGCAGCAGCAGCCCGGGAUGGGCAGCUCAGCCCCGCCCAUGCUCAGCCCCUCACGCAGCACUGGAACUCAGCCAGGGGACUCAUCCAGGACGUGCCCCAGCUCAGUGGCACCGAGGGGCUGCCCAUGGUGAGGGGUGGAGGGCACAAGUGAGCUCCUGUGAGCCCUGACACGGACGUGGUGCCCGCUGGGUGCCACUCCAUAAACUGCCAUGCUGAGACCAAAACUCUGCCUGGGUCCGGUUCCCUGCGGGCGGCUGGAACGGGGGCACCCUGCAGCAGCAGCUCUGGCACAAGGUGUCUCUGUCCUGCCCACCCCCGUGCCUCUGCACGGCUGCCCGAGAGUGCCAGAGGGAGCAUCCACAGGAUCUGGUGUCCCCGGUAGUGGGGUUUGGACGCUUGGAGGUGGAAAUGUGCUGACGGCGUCCGCCGGCGCGAGGGGCUCCGCUGGGAACGGCUCCGAGCCCCGGCCGGGGCGGCGGAAGGCUCUGGGAGGGCAGCAGGGACCCCCGG